CUUCCCUCCUUUUUUAGCCUCAAUCUCUCUCCUUUCAAAUUUCACAUUUUCCUGUUCCUCUCUCUCUCUCUCUCUCUCUCUCAUUACUUACCAUUUCUUCUGCCGUCGGUUACACCACAUUUUAGCCUCAUAUUAGGGCUUAAAGUACAGGUUUAGCAGUUUCGGUUUUCAAAGUCUUAUCUCCUUUGCAUUAUAAUCUCUAGAACAUAGAGUUAGGAAAGAAAAAUGGCUGCGCAAAAUUUCACUGAUGAGAUUGAUUGUGGAAGCUUGUUCGAUAAUUUCGAAGAUUUGAUCGAAUUCCCUGCGGUCACCGACACCUCACUCGAGUCAGUCGAAUGCUAUGAUUUUGCCGAUGUUUGGACCAACAAUUCCGAUGAGUUGCAGGUCUCUGAUCCCAUCUUCUCCGAUAGCAAUUGUGCCUCUACCCUGUCUGCAGAGCUCGCAGUUCCGUAUGAAGAUAUCGUUCAGCUUGAAUGGCUUUCAAACUUUGUGGAAGACUCGUUUUCUGGUGGGGGAAUGACCAUGAACAAAGAGGAUAUUCCGGCGAAAGAGGAGCCGUUGGUGGUUGCAAACUACGAGUUUAAGAUUUCGAGUCCUGUCUCGGUUCUCGAGAGUAGCAGCAGCAGCAGUUCCAGCUCAUCCUCGUGCUCGGGCGGUGAAAAUAGUGGUAAGAUGAUCCCACUAAGCUCAACUCCCCUCGGGCCACAACGGGCCCGAAGCAAGCGCCCUCGGCCACCAGCUUUUAAUCCUCGUGCUAGCAUCGAGCUCAUCUCCCCGGUGACCCUCGUACCAGUGUCGGUUACUACGGAUUCUAAGAACCUAGUUGAUUCUCAUAGUGGGCCAAAAUCAGCCGGGGCCGGGUCUGGGCCUGAUCAGAAGAAGAGAAAGAAGAAGCCCAAGAAACCCGAGGCUGAAUUCAACCCAGACAACAAAAGCGAAAACCGAAACCAAAACCAAAACCAAAACCAGACAGGACAAGGAGUUAGAAAGUGUAUGCAUUGUGAAAUUACGAAAACACCCCAGUGGCGUGCAGGCCCGAUGGGCCCCAAAACCCUUUGCAAUGCUUGUGGUGUUCGUCACAAAUCAGGGCGGCUUUUCCCGGAGUAUCGCCCUGCGGCAAGCCCAACUUUUGUUCCUUCUUUGCACUCCAACUCCCACAAGAAGGUUGUGGAGAUGAGAACAAAAGGUAUGCCAGAGCAAGUCAUGGCUAAGCUUCCCGAGCGUGAACUCGAGCUCAUCCCAAACAUGAACCCACGAGCGGAUUACAUGUGAUCAAAAAAUCUCACUGGCUUGGUUUCUUGUUAGUUUCUUUACUAUUUUUAGUAUAAUUAGUUUGUUAAAUUUGUUAAUUUUGUACAGGGCUCAAGGUGGGAGGAGGUGGGCCUAUAUAGAUGUUUACCAUAUAUAUGUAGGUGGUUGUAGGAAGUUUAGGGUUUAAGGAGAUGCUAGAUUAAGAAGAUUAGAUUAAGAGAAGAGAUUUGCUUCUUGUUCUCUUUAUUUGUUAUGUUUGUUUCUUUUCAUGUUUUUUUUAUGGGAAUUCUUUUUGUAGUUCAUAUAAAUAUAUAUUCUUUGUAGGCA